UCAACACUUCAAAAAGAUAAACUUUGCAAUAGUACUCAUUUCCAGUUGAAAUGGAAACAGGAGACAGGACUUUGGCAUAGAUUAUGGGCUGUAAAGAGAGCAGCAAUAUUUAAUCCAUUAUAUGAGGCAGACACUGCUCAUAUUGCCCUCUUGUGAUUUCUUUGUAGCACACAGCUUGAAUCUUGAUGUAUGUGGGUGGCACAGCAUGCCCUGACCCAAAUAAAAGUGGAUAGGGUAUAAAAAUUCAAAGGUGCUAAAAUAAUGAUGUCGUGCUUUUUGCUCUGCCCUGGUUCUCACACCUCCUUAGCAACACUGACCCAAAGCUCUCUGCAGAACUGAUUGAAAUUCCUGGAAUUUCACUCUUCAGGUACUCUUUUUAUUGCCUCCAUUGUUUGGUUUGUUUCUUGAAGAACAUUCUCUUUCUCACAAAUCUUCAGGAUUGUUACUUUCAACCAGUUCUAAGAAUAAUUAGAACAAGGCAGAUUUCUGGACCCUCAUGGCAUUUCCAAGUAAGGAGGGGAAUUUUAAGCAGGAAUCAUCUCUCACCAGUGAGUUUUUUGUUUGUUGGUUUUUAAAGUUAUCCUGAUGGUUAUUGGCAAAUAUUACUGUCCAUAUCAGCAUGGUUGUGCAGAUAAAAACUUCCCUGAUACUCAGCAGAGGAAUAAGAAGUUUUCUUGCCAAUUUUGUGCAAACAUGACACUGAAAUGUCUUUGAAUCUUCCAGUGACCUGCUGUCAUAUCUCUGGUGCUGAUAAAACCCCAAUGCCUGAUCAGCAUGUGAAAUUGAUGGAAAAAUUCCCUUUGUUUUCAGCAGCCUGUGGCUCAGCUGCUAACCUUUGAUCGAACAAAGACACCAAUCCAUUUUCUAUUUGUCACUAAACCAAGUGGGGCUGGGAAGUGCUCCAGGGAAAGCAUCUGUGCAGUGCUUGUCAUCCUGAAAGUGCUGCUAUGUUAUCCUUUUCUUCCCAGGUUUGUUUGCAUCCUGCUGCAAAGCUGCUGGGGAGUGGCAGGACUUACCACAGCCUAUUAAGCCAGCGGAAAGUGGAAGCAGACCUGUAAUCUCUUCCAUCUUUCUGAAAGCUAGAAGCAUCAAAAACCUUCUAAAAAGUUGUCCAAGAGAGUACACAACAUCUUUGAAUCCAACCAAAACUUAUGGAUCAGUGUGAUAUGCACCUUGUUCAGCCAGAGCAGGACUGAGAAGACCUGAUUGUUGUAAGGUGAUUUUCCAUAUCCCGCAAUGGCAGGAGAAGAAAGUGCCAUCCUCUUGGAAGCACUGGAAGGUCUCACACUCGAAGACUUCCAAGAGUUCAAGAAGAAGCUGUCACACAUUGAUAUCAAAGAAGGCUGGAACAUCCACAGGGAUGAGCUGGAGAAGUUCACCCAUCCUUCCACACUCAUCAGUUAUAUGGGCGACAGCUAUGGGGAAGCCGCUGCUAUGGACAUUGCCAUCGGAUUGUUUGAGAAGAUGAACCAGAGGCACCUUGCUGAAAAAAUCCUUGAUGAGAAGGUGAAAGAGUACAAGCAGAAAUACAGAGAGCACGUGGCCAGAGAGUUCCUGCAGUACAAAGAGGUGAAUUCCUGGCUAGGGGAGAACCUGUCUGUGAGCGACCGCUACACCAACCUGACCAUAGCCAGGAGGUCUUGGAAUCAGCAUGGAGGUGAGCCUGGAGAUGUCAGCUCUGACACUGUCACCAUACAAACACUCUUUGAACCCAGCAAAGAUGGCCAAUUGCAGCGGGUCACAGUGCUGGUGGGUGCCACUGGCAUGGGGAAGACGAUGACAAUCAGGAAGGUGAUGAUGGAUUGGGUGGAAGGGACCCUCUGCACACAGUUUGACUAUGCCUUCUGCAUAGACUGCAAGGAGCUUUCCUUUUCCAAAGAAGUGAGCAUGGUGGACCUGAUUUCAAAAUGCUGCCCUCAACAGCGAACACCAGCCGGAAGGAUUUUUGAUAACCCAGAGAAGAUCCUGUUCAUCUUUGAUAGCUUUGAGGUCCUGGGAUUGCCCUUGGUUCAGCACAAGGGCGAGCUGAGCACUGACCCCACAGAAGCCAAACCACUGGAAACCACCCUGCUGAGCUUGCUCAAGAGAAAAGUCCUCCCUGAGUCCUCUGUGCUCAUUGCCAUGAGACCAACAGCUCUCCAGAGCCUGGGGCAGUGCCUGGAGGGUGAACAUUAUGUGGAAAUUCUGGGGUUUGCACCAGCUGCAAGGGAGGAGUAUUUCCAUAGGUAUUUUGGGAAUGACAAUAAAGCAGAUGUGGCCUUCAGGUUUACCAGGGGAAAUGGGGUCCUCUACAGCUUGUGUGUCAUCCCCAUCAUGAGCUGGACUGUCUGCACCAUCCUUGAGCAAGAGCUGCACAAGAGGAAUCAGCUUCUUGCAUGCUCAAAGACCACCACACAGAUGAUCUUGUUCUACCUCUCCUGGUUAACGAAGCAUAGAGUCAGUAAUGCCUGGCAGAACCUGCAGCAGUUCCUGCACAAGCUUUGCUCCUUGGCUGCUGAUGGCAUCUGGAAGCACAAGGUCCUCUUUGAGGAGAAGGAAAUUGAGGACCAAGGCUUGAAUCAGCCAGAGCUUCUCUCCCUCUUCCUCAAUGAGAAAGGUUUGGAGAAAGGCACACACCAUGGGAACGUCUACAGCUUCAGCCACCUGCACCUCCAGGAGUUCUUUGCAGCGAUGUUUUAUGUCCUGGAGGACCAGGAGGAAAUGCUCAGUGACUCACAGAUCUUUGCAAAGGAUGUGAAUAUGUUGCUAAAAAGCUACCACACAUCUAGGAUGGAUUUAAACGUGACAGUGCGGCUCCUGUUUGGUCUGGUGAACCCCAAGUCAGUAGAGUAUGCAGAUGAAGGAAUUGGGUGCAGAAUUUCAUUGCGACCUCGGGAAGAUCUGCUGAGGUGGCUUCAGACAAGACACAGAGACCUUUCCCAUCCCAGUAAAAUAAUGACAGUUAAGGAUUUGGACACUUUCCACUUUUUAUUUGAGACAAACGAAGAAAGCUUUGUGCAGAGCGUUUUGGGCAGUUUCACAGGAAUAGUCUUGCAGGACGCCAAGCUGAUGCUGUAUGACCAGGUGGCUCUUUGCUUCUGCAUCAAGCAGUGGGCUGGGCUGCUCAGUGUCACGCUCCGGAGCUGCUCCUUCCACCAGCAGCAUCGCAGGCAGGAGCCAGGCAAGGGUUUGCCCUGGCAGAGCUGGCGGCAGGAGGAGCUGCACUCACCUCUGUACCCACUGUGCCAGGCACUGAGGCACCCGGGCAGCUUACUCCAGAGCCUUAGGCUGCAGUGGUGCGGGCUGACAGAGGGUGACAGUAAGACACUGGGGACACUGCUAGCCACACUUCCCAGCCUGGUCUACUUCGAGGUGGGCGACGGAGCGCUGGGUGAUGACGGUGUGAGGAUGCUCUGCACUGGGCUGCGCCAACCUGACUGCCACCUGCGUGUCCUGCGGCUGCGGUACACCCACCUCACCAGUGCCUGCUGCCAGGACCUCAGCGUAGCACUGGGCACCAGCACGUGCCUGGAGGAGCUGGAUCUGUCCUUCAGUGCCAGGCUGCGGGAUGACGGCGUUACGCUGCUGUGUGAGGGGCUCCAGCACAGCAGCUGCCAACUGCAGGUGCUACGGCUAGGGAGCUGCAGCCUGACCGACACCUGCUGCCAGGCCCUGGUGGCAUGGCUUGGGCACAGCCACAGCCUGAAGUGCCUGGACCUGAGUGACAAUGAGCUGGGAGUUGGGGCCACGCUGCUGCUGCGGCAGCUCCGCCAUCACAACUGCAUGCUGCAGAUGCUGGGGCUGAGCAUAUCCACGCUGAGCAAGGAUGCGCUGCAGGAGCUGGUCGCCCUGCAGGCACUAAAGCCCAACUUGAAGGUCACAGACUUACAGGAACACGAGGCCCCAGAGACAGGUGCCAUGGCACGAUUGACCUUCCAGCACAGCAUCUGGGCAGGCAGGAGGGCAGCUGUCCGGGGGCGAAAGGGGCUCCCCUCCUCUCGGGCAGCCCUUCCCCACAGCAGGAGCCUGUGCUAG